UCUCUCCCUCGCCUCCUCUUCUUCCCUCCACCACCCCACCCAUACCAUUCUUCUCGUCUUUUUGGCAGUGCAGUGCAGUGCGGGACUGCGGCAGCGUGCUAUCCGGGCUUUUUGGAGUCGUUUGGAUACGCAUCCUCUAAGGCAAGCUCGCCGCCUCCUCAUUUUCACCCCGCCCAUUCCUUCUACUCCGCCAACACGCUGCGACACCCACGGCGACACCCACAGCAACACCCACAGCAGUGCCUCACGGCCUGAGCGGCGUCACAAUGCUGCUCGCGGACCGUGACCCGAACGGCAGCGGGCGUACGAGUCGCGCAUCGAAUCUGUCGAUGGGGUCGCACCGUCAACAGCAGGCCGGUGCUGGGCCUGGUGCAAAACAACACGACCUUCUGUCCUCCGCGCCUGGCGUCGCCUCUAUGCUCCGGACCUCUACGGAGAUGGGCAAUCUCGGCGGGCUUGCAGGAGACUCCUCCAGCAUGAUCCCUCGUGGUUCACGGCGCACCGGUAUUACGUCUCGCCUGAGCACGGCAUCGUCGCGGUCGAACGCCUCCAACCGCACGUUGACCCAUAGCGCCUGGCCCUCUUCAGCCUCUUCGAGGCCGAGACGCUCGCGGGACAACAAUGUGCCGCAGUACGUCCCUGACACCCUCUCCCCAACCGUCAUGAACAUCCCGGGCUCGUCGCCGCUAAUCCCACGGGCGCGUGAACCUCGAGACGGUCACCGGUCUCGCUCCAUGACAAUGGCGAACACUCCAGACCCAACUUUUCGGCUUUCAGCCAACCGGUCGUAUGGCAGUCUGCGUACGCAUGAACAAGUCCAGCGACCCAAGUCGCCUUACCGGUAUGAGAAUAGACACCGGGGCUCUGGCUACCGGCCUACUUCACCCGAAGACAUCGCGGGCUCACAUACUCGACCCAUGCAUGGCCACGGCCAGAUGCCUUCGUACCAUGCACCGCCGCACCACCCAGGGCAGAUGAGGCGGAGGACGCCGUCUGAUAUGUCCAUGCGUCGUGACGAGCGGGCGCACAACGCGGGCCCUCCUCGUCGAUCCCGAACCCCGGUCUACUAUGGAGACCCGCAUCCAGACAUUCCGCCUGUUCCGCCUCUGCUUCCGCACCAUCGUCUUGCUGCGCAGCAGUCUCAUAAGUCCCGCAAGUCAGCAAAGACAUCUGUCUCGAGCGUGUCCAUGGGCCGCCGUACAGAUUCCGAUGGUCCUUCGUCUGAAGCUCCCACCCCACCCACACCCAUGGGCGGCGUGUCAACUGGUCCGAUGUACUAUGAUUAUAGCGAACAGUUCGAAGUCGAGCAGUUUGCCGAACCGGAGCGUGCAGGAGUCCGCACGGGCUUCGUCCACCGCACCAAGACCAUUUUCGAAGAGCAGGGGUCGGCUGAACCUAGCCCAAAGACAAUCGAUGUCGCUGUCGUCGGAAGCAUUGUUGCCCCACCAGCAGCCGAACUGCCAGAUGUGGCAGAGCUUCCUGCAUCCCCAGUUGGACGACGAAUCACGCGAGACCUGAUCCAGGAAGGCAUAGGGCCAGCAUCAACUACCGGUGAUGUCAUGGCGUCGGGAGAAUCAGAAGAGACCAUCCGCAAUGGCAUGGAGCAAGUUUCGAAGGGUGAUGUCAAGGACCAGCCGACCAGCUCAACCUUGCAGCCUGAGCAAACCAACAAGAACCGGCUCAGUACUCUGUCUGAGGGUGGAUCAAGCAUCAUAGACUCCUCCACGCUGAACUUUGCCGUACAAUAUUCGAUCCCCAUGGUAACUGGUAACGGCAUCAGGGUGCAAGCGAACAAUGACACCGGCCCUGUCAAUGGACACGAUCCCGGCACGCCCACCGAAGACGGCAUGACAGACCUUCUGGCGGGAUACCAGCACACUGUCACCAAGCAGGACGACGAAGGACAUGGCCAGGAGGGAGGCACGGUCGAUGAGUCCGCCGACAAGUGCAGCAACCACGCCCCGAAGUCAUCCGAUGAACAAUCGUUCAAGUCGUGCACGGCCCUUCCGGAUCACAUAGAGCGCCCAUCUAAGGAUCUAGAUGCCAAGUCAUUCAAGUCGUGCAAAGGCUUGCCGGAGCCUGAUCCACCUUUCAAGGACUCGGAUGCGCGAUCUUUCAAGACAUGCAAGGAUACCGUCACCCCAGAGCGUGCCUUGGACAUGCCUCCAUUGAGACUUACCAAAAUGAACAUGGUCACAGGGGAAGUCUCAGUGGAAAAGCUUGAGAUGGCGCCGAUGGAGCGCAACCAGCAACCCACUACCUCGUCCGAGCCGAAUAUGUCGAAGAUUUCGAACGCGUCCCACGCCAAUUCGAAGCCGAGUUCCCAGCAUGUGUCCGCCUCGAAAUCAAUUUCCUCUUCCACUGAGAGCGGUACUCAGCAGCCUCCGUCGGUUCCUCCUAGAGAUUCGAGUUCGUCCAAGGAAGCACAGCGUUUUCAAGCCGCAGCGAGCUUCUUGGUGCGUUCUACCAAGCUGCAGCGAAUACCCAGGGCAAUCUCCAGCUUUGGUAGAAAGUCUGUUAGAGAUGAGACCGUUGUCGCGCAGGACACGCGGAACACCGGCGAGAACAUCCCGACACCACCGCCAAUGCGCGAGCGACCGCUGUCUGGCAAUCCCACAGGUCCAGUAGAAUCGCUAUUCGAGUCUCUCAAGACACCCGAGAAAGCAUUGGUGAGGCAGGAGGUGGUGACAAGGCCGCAGCGUGUGGACACCGCCGCGCCUCAGGACAGGAUGACACCAAAGAACCGCGCCCUUACGGAGACGCCGGGCCUCAAGGGCGCAGUCGCUGUGCAUCAGCGCUCGCUGAGCACUCCCUCGCCGAUUGUCCCGGAACCCUCGUCCGUGUAUUCUCCCGAAAAUAUCUCUUCUGCCAAGUCCCGUGUCCAUUCUUCGCCCGUUCCAAUUCCGAAGACGCCAGAGCAUAACCGGCGCGAUAGCCAGACCACGACACACUUGGUAUGGCGCGGUCGCAAUCCCUCGAAUAUCCCUUCAGCGCACGGUGGGGAGACGCUUGGGAUUCGAGGCGGCAACUCCCGGGACGAGACGACAACAGACCUUAGGCUUUCUACGUACAAGCAUCCCAUGAGCCGUCUUCCCAACGUCGCGGAGGAGCCGCAUGAAGACUCGAGUCUAGACAUGAGCGCGAGCAACUUCAAGCACUCGAGCGUUGGUUUCCCCGGUGGUGGCCAGUCCGGUGCUCGAGGGUCGGAGGAUGAUGCGGCGGUGGCCGGAAAGAAUGCACCGGUCGAAUCGCACCAGAAGGGCGCUCUUGCGCAGACACACGGGUUGCCAUCAAUGAAUUUUAGCCAGCUAAACCUGCUAGAGGGGCUGAAUGAGUUCGUUGAGUCUUGUUCGAAUCGGUCGUCGCUCAACGGUGCGCUCGACGACGGGGUGGCGCCGUCGCCAGAGGAGAUUCGCGAGAGGUGCCAGAGUGUUCUGAAGCGCCUGGAGGAGUUGAAGGAGAGUGGCGACGCCACUGAGUCCGGUGCCAUGAACCCACAGGCAAUCAUAGCGGAGCUCCAGAAGGUACUCAUCCCGCAUAUGGACGAUCUCUCGCAACAGCUGUCUGAGCUUCUGUCAUCGUAUGGAUGGAAGGCCAUAGUCGCAGAGGCAGAAAAGUUCCCCGAGGAGGAAGCCAUUGAGAAGCAUGCGAUGGCAGAAAUCAGUGAGGUCGCGCCAGCAACCAAGCGGUCCUCUGCUCGACUUCGGCCACUGCCAGGCUCUCCGCAACUGCAAGUGGUGGAAGAUGCGGUGUACGAGGAGAUCACCAGCAAAGAGAAGGGCAAGGCUUCGAGGCCCGGCAAUGGUGGUGCGCAAUUGACUGAAAAGGACCUGGGUGAAAUUGGGGCUGCGAAGGGGAGGAGCUGGAGCGUUGCCCACGCGCGCACAAGUGACAAAGCACCUCUGGCGGAGCUCGAGGCACCGUCCCUCGGCCUCCCGCGUACGCAGUCUUUAUCGGUCGGCCACAACAACCUCCGUGACUCGCAAGACACGAGACUGUCCGCCAGAUCCCCGCAGUCUCCCGGCAGCACGCAAACGGCGACAGAGACGCGGCCGUGGAACAGCGAUAAGAACUACCCCUGGACAGCCACAGACGCCUCUGUCGAUAUCUCCUUACCCCAAGCAGCUGCCGCCAAACACUCGCCGCGCGCGGGGCCAUCACACCUUAGGAACCGGCUCUCCGACGCGUCUAGCGCUUCAGGUACGUUUACGCCCGACGGCACACCGGCCGGCACGAUGCCCAUGCCCGGCUCCGAUGACUCGUUCACACAUGCGCGUCGCCAAGGUGACCAGCGAUACAGCCUCGAAGCCAGGUCAACCAAUCCUCCGGGACUCAACCUCCCGGCCCAACCUGGCUUUGACGCUAGCGGCUACCUGACUGGACCCGUCAACGUGCAUGGCGAAGAUCGGUCCCACGGUGCUGGCGAACGAUAUCCUACUUCGGCUCUGACGCUACCCACAGACUCCCAUCUGACAGGCGGCACCUCGCUCAGCCACUUGACCGUCAACUCGGACGAAGAGCCCCACCGUCCUCCCCCGCGCAAGUCCCUCUUUGGACUCCGCCGCUGCAUAAAAGCUCCGAGCGGCAAGUCGAGAUCCGCCUGCGCUCCCGACGACCUCGAGUCCGCCUUUGUCGACGACUCCACGCAGGGCGGUGUGGCGAAAGCCAAUCGUCUCACCUUCAGUAACGCUCAGGGAAUGACAAAGGUUGAGUAUCACCGCAAUUUGCUCUGCGACAGGAUUAAAUCUUGGUGCCACAAGGGUGGCCAGUUCUUUCGCAGCUUAUUCGGCCGUAACAGCUCGUCGCCGGCUCAGCAGCAGCGACCGUCCCAGUCCGCCGCCCCGUCGAACGACCGCCCACACGGCGUCACCCACCCCGACAGCCGCUACCACUCCCCUCUUGAAGCCAAUGGCUGCUACCGCGAGACCGGCGCGGCCCCGAGCCCAAACGGAUUCUAGGAACCCGGGGCGGCAGCACGCCGAGUACUAUCAGGUCAACAAGCGCCGUGCGCAUUCUUGCUUUGAACGUCUCUGGGAUAGGAUUCAAUCCCUUGGUGUCCCUCGGCUGAAGAAGAUCCGCGGUCGACGCCGUCCCAUUGAUGACAUGGACUAGAUCUCUCCAGCUCGGCCUGAUCCACUUUUUUUUGUACCAACAUUUCCGGCUUGUUUUCUCACCACACUAA